AUGUUUGCAUUAAUCGUUCUGUUUAUUUUUUGUCGACUUUUUCUUUUGUUCUUCUAUCUUGUCUCCCUACUUUUGUUUUUUUCUUUCUUUCUUUCUUUCUUUCUUUCUUCUUCUUCUUCUUCUUCUUCUUCUUCUUCUUCUUCUUCUUCUACUGAAUUCCAAAGACAAUUGUCUUCUUCUUCUUCUGUUUCUACUGAAUUCCAGAGACAAUUGUCUUCUUCUUCUUCUCCUCAUCCUUCUUCUUCUUCUUUUUCUUCUUCUUCUUCAUUUUCUACCUUCUUAUAUAUCUGCUGUUCUUUUUAUUCAAUUUUUCUUCUGGUCUUUCGUCUUCCGCUUUGUAUUUACCCAGACUUAUUCUUUUUUCAUUUCAUAUUUCUUCUGUUUUUUCCUUUAUUUCUUACCGUCUUCUUUAUUCUCGGAGUUAUUCGUAAUAUUUUUCCCUAUACCGAUUAUAACCCUUCUAUCUAUUAUUUUGUUUCUAUCAUAAAUCCACCUACACUCAUUCUUUUUUAG